GUGUGGCCCUAAAGGCUUGUUGUGAUGCGUAUCCCCGUAGAUACCAGCACCAGCCGCCGCUUCACGCCGCCCUCCACCACGCUGAGCCCGGGGAAGAUGAGCGAGCCGCUGGCGCUGCCCGGCGCCGAGCACGGCGGGGCUUUGCCGGGGAAGCUGCGCAGCGCCGACCGCAGCAUGGUGGAGGUCCUGGCGGAUCACCCCGGGGAGCUGGUGCGCACCGACAGCCCCAACUUCCUCUGCUCCGUGCUGCCCACGCACUGGCGCUGCAACAAGACGCUGCCCAUCGCCUUCAAGGUGGUGGCCCUGGGGGACGUCCCCGACGGGACCCUGGUGACGGUGAUGGCCGGGAAUGACGAGAAUUACUCGGCGGAGCUGCGCAACGCCACGGCCGCCAUGAAGAACCAGGUGGCGCGCUUCAACGACCUGCGCUUCGUGGGCAGGAGCGGCAGAGGGAAAAGCUUCACUCUGACUAUCACAGUCUUCACAAAUCCUCCCCAAGUAGCCACAUACCACAGAGCCAUCAAGAUCACAGUGGAUGGACCUCGGGAACCCCGAAGACAUCGGCAGAAAAUAGAUGAGCAGACAAAGCCCGGCAGCUUGUCCUUUUCUGAGCGCCUGAGCGAGUUGGAGCAGUUGCGUCGCACGGCCAUGAGGGUCAGCCCACACCACCCAGCCCCCACACCCAACCCUCGAGCCUCCUUGAACCACAGCACAGCUUUUAACCCUCAGCCUCAGAGUCAGAUUCAGGACACCCGGCAGGUGCAGCCCUCUCCUCCCUGGUCCUACGACCAGUCCUACCAGUACCUGGGCUCCAUCGCCACGCCCGCCGUGCACCCGGCCACGCCCAUCUCACCUGGCCGGGCGGGCGGCAUGACCUCGCUCACGGCCGAGCUCUCCAGCCGCCUCUCGGGAGCCUCGGACCUGACGGCGUUCAGCGACCCCCGGGUGGGCAUCGACCGUUCCUUCCCGGCGCUGCCGUCCAUCUCCGACCCUCGCAUGCACUACCCGGGCGCCUUCACCUACACGCCCACGCCCGUCAGCUCCACCAUCGGCAUCGGCAUGUCGGCCAUGUCCACGGCCACCAGGUACCACACGUACCUCCCGCCGCCCUACCCUGGCUCCUCCCAGGCUCAGGGCAGCCCCUUCCAGACCAGCUCCCCCUCCUACCACCUGUACUACGGCACCUCGGCCGGCUCCUACCAGUUCUCCAUGAUCUCGGGCGGGGACCGCUCGCCGCCGCGCAUCCACCCGCCCUGCACCAACGCCUCCACGGGCUCCACGCUGCUCAACCCCAACCUGCCCAACCAGAGCGACGUGGUGGAGGCCGAAGGCAGCCACAGCAACUCGCCCACCAACAUGGCCAGCACGGCCAGGCUGGAGGAGGCCGUGUGGAGGCCGUACUGAGGAGGUCGGAAGGAGCUCGAGGGUCAGGACUGAUGGACUUCCCAUUUCCCGGCGCCCGGAGGGAUGCCAGAAACUUCCCUGCGGGCCCUGCCGCGUUCAUCCACGAGUUUCAGGAGCAAACCCUUCGGAAGUCAGCGCUGCCAGGGGUGGUGGCUCUCGUCGCCAGGCCCUGGUGGAGCCGCGUCGCUCCGGCAAAGAAUUCCCGGCAGGAGAACGAGCUUCUGGGAAGGAGGACGGCCCAGUUGGUGGGGCAGAGGUAGCGAGGGUGGGUAGAAGGGUAUCCAGCCUGAUUCCAGGCCUGUGGCUUCCCAACGUGCCUGGGCUUGAAGGUCUCCACAGCCCUAAAAGAGAGUUUUGGUUAAUUUCUAUUUUUAAGACUUAAAACCUUAAAAAAACAAACCCAAAUCUUAGCGAGUUUACUGCAUCUUAGGGACAUCUUAAGUGUAAGGAAGUAUAGGAAGAUUCCCAGAGGGAAACUGUGAACGCUUCUGUUUUAGCAAUGCUGUGAAUGAGAGGUUUUAUAUGUUGGACUUCAUUCUUUCUUUUUCUUUGUUUUGUUUGUAUAUUCCAAAGAAUAUGGAGUUUUUUAUUACUGGGGUUUUUUUGUUUUGUUUUGGGUUUAGGUUUUUUGGUGUUUUUUGGUUUUGUUGGGUUUUUUUAAGGAUGCAGCUCAUCCUGCUUUGCAUCUAAUUUGUUUUAUUUCUCUUGGCACCUUAUAAGUUGCAAAGAAAAAAAAAAAUAUUUUGCUCUUUUUUUUGUUUUAAUCAUGCUUGCUUCUUUCUUGCUUUGUCAACUGAAAGAAUCAGCCCCUUUUUCAAUGAGUUAAUUUAACUUUUUAUCUCUUGGACUUUUUUUUUUAACACAACGGCUACAGCCUUGGGUCAUUUUCAACUACUGUAUUUCUUUGAGGAGUUAAUUGAUAUUUAUGCCUGAUAUUUAGACUUUUCUUAUUUGUUGAUACUAUUAUUAUUUAAAUAUGCCUAUAUUAAAAAAAAUAUCAGCAAUUGCCUUUUUUUGGUAGCAGCCAAAGUCAAAUUCUUCAUGUUGAAAAAGGCUGGAAUAACGAUGGGCAAAAGUGACCUCUUAAUUCCCUAAAAAUAUUGUUUACAAUUAUCUUGCUCUCAUUUUACUCAGCUUAGGUCCUCAAAGGCAUUGAGGUGCCCAGUUCCUGCUGGAAGGCGCCAAAAUCCCUGGGAAUUUCUGUACGUUUCCAAGUGGUGGAGUCAUCUCUCCCUCCCCCUAUUUUGUCACCAGUGGUGGCCCUCAGGAUCAGGAAUCAGGAUGUAGAUACUUCCGAAGGCAAAUUCAAUAUUCACUAAUUAAAUACCCGCCCACUGGAGUGACAGGACACAGGGAAUGGCUCCCACUGCCAGAGGGCAGGGCUGGAUGGGAACUGGGAAGGAAUUGUUCCCUGGCAGGGUGGAGAGGCCCUUCCCAAAGAAGCUGUGGUUGCCCCUGGAUCCCUGGAAGUGUCCAAGGCCAGGUUGGAGCACCCUGGGACAGUGGAAGGUGUCCCUGCCCAUGGCAAUUUUGGUGAAUGAGCUUUAAGAUCCCUCCCAACCUAAACCAUUCCCUGGUUCUGUGAUUCCCACGGCAAGGGGGAAGUCCUGGCUCUGAUGGAAUCUGGGUGAGAUUUGCUCCCAGGAUUUCCAUGCGGCACAAAAGCCGCGUUCCAAUCUGCUGGCAAACACAUCCCUUCCUGGAAAGCUCCAGAAAAGCCAGGGCCUGCACAACCCCUUCCUCCUCUUCUGGGAGAAGAGGAGGGGUAUUUAAAGUUGGUGUAGCCAGUGUUGUGCCCUGUAGUAAAUCUACAAGGGUUUUACUAGGAGCAGGUUGAGCUCGGAGCCGUCACCGCUGCCCGUCGCCCCAGCACAAACAUAUCAGAUGUCACUGUAACGUUUUUGGCACUAUUUUAUUGAGGGUUUGCUCUGAAUGCAGCUCUUGUACUACUCCUGAACUCCAAACUGCUGAUGUUGACACGUGUGCGUCCCAAAUGAGCUGAUUAUUAUUUAAUGUACCUCUCAAACCAGAGAAACAAUUGCAGGUCAACUCAGAGAGUAUUUGAAAGCAGGACUUCAGAUCAGUGUUUGAUGUUUUAAAAAAAAAUUUAAAAGUUAAAAGGAUUCAAAUUAAAAAGAUCCUUGGCUGCAGGCAGCAAAACAGCUGGACUUAUUUAAAACCAUUUGUUUUUCAAGUUUUCUCUUUUUUUUAUAUAUAUAUAUGAUUUUGCUUCUUUGUUUGAGUUGGAUGCAGUAGCACUUUGGUAUUGAAAAGAAUCAAAGAAUUUCCAUUGUCAAUAAGGUCAUUUUUGUGUAGAAAAUACGGAGUGUUUCAAGAGAUCUGAGCAAAAGCCCAGAAUGUUUCUGUUAAAACACAUGGCCUUGUGCUUUUCAUUUAAUGAAAUAUCUUUAUAUUUCCAGAGUUUGCUCUGAAAAAAAGACAGAAAACAUCCAAAUUCUAUCAGAAAUAUAUACUGAAAGUCUGGAGACCCUGCUGAGUACAGAAAUACAGAGACCCCCCCAGUUGUAGCAUUUCCAUAGUUGGACUCUCACCUCUUCAGUACCCUAAAAAAAAAGUCCCACAUCCCUGAGCAGUAGCUCUGCUGCAGAACCCAUUCGGCACAUUCUGUGCAAUUCAAACCCUAAUUUUUUACAGCUCUCAAUUAAAAUGGUAAUUGAUUACAGCUCUCACAUCUGCCUUGUGACUGGACCACCAAAGUUCACAGAGCUGGGAGUGGAAACACAGCAGGGAGGGAGAAGAGAGGAGCUUGGAGGAGCCAGGAAGGGCCAGGUGACCUGGAGAGGGAAUUUUAACAAAAGCAGGGAGUGAUAGGAGGAGAGGGAUGGUAUUAAGAUGGAGGAGGGCAGGGUUAGAUGGGAUAUUUGGAAUAAAUUCAUCCCUGUGAAAUUUGUGAGGCCCUGCACAGAGUGCCCAGAGAAGUUGUGGAUUCCCCAUCUCUGGCAGUGCCCAAGGUCUAAGGGGCUUGGAGCAGCCUGGGACAGUGGAAGGUGUCCCUGCCAUGGCAGGGGUGGCACUGGAUGGGUUUAAGGUCCCUUCCAACCCAAACCAUUCCAUGAUUUGAUGAUUCCAUGACUUCAGAAGUGAGGUUGUUGUGGUCACCAAGGCGAGCUCAAUGUGGUCACCACACUGCCAGGCCUGUGGGACACCACAACCUCCUUUCUGCCUCAGCCCUUCCAGCCCCCAGAAUUGAAACCCAUCCACCCUGGAAGCUAAAAACCAGGGAUUCACAGGAACAGGGAGCUGGCAACUCUCAGACCCUAAAUCAAACAUUUCUUCUGUCUGUGCCUCUCCUUUAUCUCCACUUAUGCUAAAGGUGAGGUUGAAUUUGGCUCUCCCUGGUGUGAACAGGAUGAGGAAAUACAGAACUGGUCACCACCACUUUCCCCUGUGUCCUUGUUGACACUUUUUUUGGAAUUUCUCAGUGUUUCCUGUUUUUUUAUUGCCAGAAACCAAAUUUUGGAGUCCAACCUCUCUGGGUAUGUCCAGCACUGCAAAGGAAAGAAAAAGCCAAGUUCAUUAUCCCUGCCAAUUAAUCUGUUUAAUUAAUCACUAUGGGUUUCAGUGUAUUCACUCAUCAGAAACCACAUUUUACCCAAAUAUUUGGUUUUGUAGCCAUCACUAAGGAUGUAAAAAUGCUCUCACAUCUUUCCUCUUAUAUUUCAAGAGCACAUAACAGGCAGAAAAAAAAAGACAUUUGGAUAAAACAUUUCCCCCAUUCCCAUCUCCAAAUUAGAAUGCAUAAAUAUAUAUUUUUAUAUGGAUAUAAUAUAUAUAUAUUUAUAUAGUUUUAACAUCCUGGGAGCUGAAUGGAAUCAGAAAAUGGAAUUCUUGUGCUUCUGCUCUGGAGCUGCAGUCAGCAGAGUGCUUUAGGUACCUCACCCUCCCAAAAUUCAGCUCCUGGCUGUCCUUACUCUCAGCUUGGGUGCUCCUUUCACAAGACACAGCUCCUUGUCCAUGUCAAACAUCUCAACAUAAAUUUUACUGGCUCUGAAGACAAAUAUUUCCCUCUCCAACAACAUUUAAAUUCAUUUAAGAGCUCCUGCUCACUCCCAGGGCAUUGCAGAGGAGCUGUAAUGCAGGGAGAAGAGGGUACAGAGAGCAUCCCUGCUGGGAAGGGUUUGAUUUGUACAAAUUCUCUGCUGGGAAGGAGAAAAAUCCUCUCCUCCAAACAGCCUUUGCCAAAAUAUCCCAAAUUUCCUGCGCUCUUGAAACAUUCACUGCUGCUUCCUGGGUGCCCUUUUCCGUGGGUGUGUUUGAAAUUCAGGGAGGAGUGGAUCCGUUUUCUGUCCUCGGAGCAAAACUCUGCCUUGUUUUCCUGCCUUGUUCCAUUUUCCCGCUGGGUUUUUGUUCACCUCGCUGGGUCAGUCCCAACCACUGGGCGUUUUUCUCCUUGUCCUUCGAGGGUUGCAUCCCCAGAGUUACUUGUAUUUAUGUCUGUAAAUAGAUUUCCAAAGCUUCCUAGCCAAAAUAUUUAGUGCUUGUAAUUACUCUGCAUUUUUCACUUUUUUUUCCCUGUGUUUUUAAUGAACUUACCUUUGUGUUUGCUGAAAUACUGUAGUGAGACUUAUUUCUUUUCCAAAUUAGUUAUUUUUAGGCUUCAAGAGGAACUACAUUUUAUUCACUUUUGUAAACAGUUAUAGCAUGGUCUCUAUCCAACAUCCUUCACUUUUUUGUGGUAGGGGAGAAACAAACGUGCAAAAAAAAAAAAUCUGUGGGUUAUUUGUGGUAUUUCAGGUUGGACAAUUCCAACUCUUUUUAAAACCAAAAUUUCAGUGUGAGGUGGGGAGGCUGAGGGGGGACACAGCCCCCAGAGUGGCACCAAAGGGAAUUUGUUCAGCAUUUUCUGGCUAUGUUUACAAAACAUUUUCCCUUUCACGCUGAACUUUUCCUGAAGGAGAAACCAUCAGGUUGGGGAUUUUUUUGGGAGGUUGGUUACCAGGGAUUUUUCUUCCUGGGGAGGGAGGGCAGGGGAUGGCUGCUGAUUUUUGGAACCAGAUAGGAAAAGAGAAUAGAGUAGGUUUUAUUUUCCCCCCACUCCAGUAAUCUCUAGAUAGCACCCCGGGGUAAAUUCUUGCUGUCCACAGGGAUGGCUGUGUCCAGCACCACAGGAGAAUUCAUUACAACUACCCAGAGCAGCUGGACUGCUGCAGUAGUUCUAAUGAACACUUUUCUUCCUUUUCUUUCUUUUCUUUCAUUCUUUCUUUCUUUGUACCACAGUUUCCUCUGUAAAUUCAAUAUCAUAAUUAGUGUGAAUGACAAAUAAAAUGUUUGACAAGUA